AUGCUUCUCGCUCCUCCCCUUUGUUUUUCGAGGAUGAACUCCCCCCUAACAUCCCUAGAUAACAUACAACCCAUCACAAUGGCCCCCUCCGCCGUCACCCCUCCCCAGAAGCCCGCCGUCCUGGCCACCCACCCCCUGAAGUCGGUCAACCUCGACAACAAGACCGACGUCACGCCCACCCCCGCCAUCAAGGAUGACCUCGCCGCCCUCUUCAACAACUGGGACUCGUUCACCUUCGCCCCCAUCCGCGAGUCCACCGUCUCCCGCGCCAUGACCCGCCGCUACUUCAACGACCUGGACACCUACACCGAAUCCGACAUCACCAUCGUCGGCGCCGGCUCGGCCGGUCUCUCGUGCGCCUACGUCCUCGGCACCCUCCGCCCCGACCUCAAGAUCUCCAUCCUCGAAGCCGGCGUCGCUCCCGGCGGCGGUGCCUGGCUCGGCGGCCAGCUCUUCUCCGCCAUGGUCAUGCGCAAGCCUGCCCACCUUUUCCUCGAGCAGGUCGGUGUUCCGUUCGAGGACGAGGGUGACUAUGUCGUCGUCAAGCACGCCGCGCUCUUCACCAGCACCAUCAUGAGCAAGGUCCUUCAGAUGCCCAACGUCAAGCUGUUCAACGCGACGACGGUGGAGGAUUUGAUCACCAGGCAGGACGAGGAGACUGGGGAGGUGAGGAUCGCAGUGGUGGUUGGUGGUAUGGAGCUGAGUGAGGUUGAUGGGGCCAACAGGAUGGGCCCUACCUUUGGUGCCAUGGUCCUCUCUGGUCUCAAGGCUGCCGAGGAGACCCUCAGAGUCUUUGACCAGCGCAAGGCCCAGAACGAUGCCGAGCUCUAA